GGUGAUACUAACAGUGUCGGAGCCGUCGGUAAGUUUCGCCAACUAUGGUUAGAUGCAUGGAGUGUCUGUGUGUAUGUUUGGCGGUAGCAGUUUUCACCACCGAUGUAAUGGCAUGGGAUAAAUUGUGCGGCAGAACACUAGUCGAUGUUUUGGCGCUAAUUUGCAACGGACGAGGGUACAACAGCGGAAGUCCUAAGAAAAAGGUCAAGAGAGAAUCUCCGUUUCGAAGCGGAAUGGAAGCCAACGAUUUCUUCGGGAAUAUAUCAUCCAAGGAAAAGCGCCGCCAACGACGACGUUCGGGUUCUGGUAAGAUUGUCGAUGAAUGCUGUCACCAAGCUUGCGACUACACGACCCUGGAAAGUUACUGCGCUCCGCUACCUGAAGGCGUUGUUGCAGACGAUUCGCUUAAACGAUUUUUAUCUCAAAGUUUUGGCAAUGACUUCAAAGACACGGCGAACGAAGAUAAAUUGGAAAUCGUGACUGUAGUGAGACCCAGUCACGAUGAAAUGGACGGUACCGAGACGAGAAUAGAAGAUAAUGAACACGUCACUCCUCCGACAAAGCCCGAUGUAAUUACGGAAACUAGUUCGUUAAUCCUCGACGAUAUUAAUGUGAAUAAACAAAUUAUAUCAUCGAAUACAUCUGUGGAGGUCAAAUCAAAGGCAGGCAACACAAAACCGAAGCGUGAAAAAAAGGAUCGAGACAACAGUUCUUCAAAAAAACGUUCACAUCCAAAGCCUAAAAAAUCAAGAAAAAAGCAGCGGUUGCAGCGCAUACGAAAAAAAGCUCGAGGCACCCGAAAAACUAAAUUACGUCACGUCAAAGUGAAAUCAAAAUCAACACCUAUACAACAGAUUGAGACGACAACGACUAUGAAACCAUUCUUCGACGUGGAUACAGACAUUAUAUUUUAUAGAUUCGUAAAUAAAACAUGGCGAGUGAUAGAAGAGCCUGAAAUAAUGGUUGGUGGUAAAUCAGAAUCGUCACGAGAGUCUGAUAUUGAUUCAAGCAUCUCGCACAAUUCACGCGAGUCACACGAACCCUCACGCGAGAUUGACACGACAGAUUGUGACUCAGUUUGAUGGUAAAAUCAUGCAUCUCACGCGAUACACUGAACUCAUCACCACGUGACAUUGGUCGCAGGGAAAUGGCGCAUGCGUAUAAUUCUAUGCGCGCGCACCUCCGACUAAGCCACCAUCUUUCCGACGGAAGUGAAGAUACAUCACAGCUUUCCGCACAGGGACUGUUCCGCAGAGUGAUGUCAGAAGCAAACCACGCCACCUUACGGCGACUACAUGAACACGCUUACCUGUCUUUAACAUCUUGUGUGGUUUGGAUAUAGUGGUGUCGUCACAACAGAAGGAGUUUAUCGAGUUUGACUGAUUGUUUUAUUUUUAAUUAUUUAUUUUUAUUUAUAAAUAUAGUUUCGAUUUAUUGAGUUUUCCGUGUGUGUUAUUACAUACAGAUAAGCGCACACCAGUUUUUUUUUUUUUUUUUUUCAGUGACAUUGUACUGUAUUCAAGUUCCAAAGAUAAUUUUUCCUUACCGAUUGCUUCUAGGAAUAGUGUUUAAAGGGGGAGGUCGUCGCGCCGCGCAUGUGCGACAUUUAAUGUUGAUAAACAUUGAUUUUCCAACAAUACAAUGCGUCUUUCUAAUGAAACGUACGAGUUUUGACGUGGGGGCAACGUGCGCUAAUAACCACCGGUGACUCCUUCGAUACCUUGCAAUUACCAAUUACCUAGGUAAAGCUUUGGUACUCAUUGGUCCGCGCAACAGUCAAAGUCACCAUUUUUGUUCAUAUGAGUCCCAUAUCUGACACAUACGUAGUGCGAUGACCACCGCCCUAUGAGCUAACCCCACUAAUUACGACUACAAUUGGCAUUGGAGUACACUCAUGCAGCAAAGGAUCAAUACAGUCGAAAAGAUGAAUUCGGUGGCAAAGGUAGCAUCUUUUUCCGAAUGACAAUUGCUUCAGAGGUAUCUUUAAGUUUAUUUGCGGUGAUACAUAUAAAUAAAAAUUGUUUUAUGUGCUGUUAUUUAUGUAUAUAUAUCCGAAUAAAUGAGCUAUUAAAUCGUAA